AUGGAUGAACGACUUGAGCAAUCCCUUUCAAAGAUAUUAACCCAUGUUUAUCCCGCAGGAGGAAGGUACGAUGACAAAGAUGAAUAUUGUUCGAUUCUUUGUCUUGAUCAAGGCGUUUCCUAUACCAAAGCCAAGACCAGUGGUACGCUGGAUAAUUUCUUAGAUAAAGCACACAAUGACUUUGGUCAUGCGGCUUUAUUUAGCCCACAUGUAAACAAGAAUAUCGAGGAAACUAAUUUCAUGGUUUCACCAAUUGUCACUAUACAAGUAACUACGUUUGAAUGUGGUGGACUCGCAAUAUCAAUUAGUACUUCACAUCCUGCAAUGGAUGGUUUCUCAGAUUUUCAAUUUAUUUCUGAGUGGGCAAAAGUGUGUAGAAUGGGGACUUCCAUUGACAAGAUUAAUUUUCUAAGCUUCAAUAUGGAUGAUAUUUUUCCAACAAGAGAUAUAUCAGGACUUUUCAAGUCAACCCCCAUUCCAGUUAUACAACAAAAUAUUGUUGUUAAGAGAAUUGUCAUCCAUGAGCCUGUUAUGUCAAGGCUCUGA